AUGGCGUCCCGUUUGGCGAGAAACGCGGCUGGCCUCGCCCGCCUGCGGCCGGCCCUGUCUACGCGCCCAGCACUCCCGGCCCUGGCGACCAGCGUCCGCAUGUCGUCGACCACCCCGUCGUCGUCGUCGUCCGUCCCGACCGAGGACCCCAAGGCCAAGGCAUCGAGCAUCCUCGACGCGCUCCCCGGCAACUCGCUCAUCUCCAAGUCGGCCAUCCUGUCGUCGGCGGCCGGCCUGUCCAUCUACGCGCUGAGCAACGAGUACUACGUCGUCAACGAGGAGACGGUGGUCGCCUUCUGCCUGAUCAGCGUCUGGGCGGGCCUCAUCAAGUACGGCGGCCCGCUGUACAAGUCGUGGGCGGAGUCGCAGAACGAGAAGAUCCGCGGCAUCCUGAACGCGGCGCGCGCGGACCACUCGCAGGCGGUCAAGACGCGCAUCGCGGACGUGCAGCAGAUGUCGGGCGUGGUGGACAUUACCAAGAGUCUGUUUGCCGUGUCCAAGGAGACGGCGACGCUGGAGGCGCAGGCGUUUGAGCUGGAGCAGAAGACGGCGAUUGCGGCCGAGGCCAAGUCGGUGCUGGACUCGUGGGUGCGGUACGAGAGCCAGGUCAAGCAGCGCCAGCAGCGCGAGCUGGCCGAGAGCGUCAUUGCCAAGGUCAAGAAGGAGCUGGAGAACCCCAAGUCGCUGCAGCAGAUUCUGCAGCAGGCCGUUGCGGAUGUUGAGAGUACGUUCUUGGCCCCUGUCCUUGGCGACGGCAUGGGAUCGAUGGCAAAAGGCGGUCGUCUACUGUCGUCGACCCCAUUCCGCCUGCUGUGA